AUGCUCCACAUAUUAUUUAUACUUGCAAUAAGUUCAUAUUCAUAGAUCUUGUAUUCAGAAAGUUUUACAGGCAAUUCAUUUACAACUUCGGAAGGUAUUGAAUUAAUUAAUAGAAGAAUGGGUGAUUAGUGGAGAAAAUUUAAUAUAUAGUGAUUGUGGUUCAGUACGACUUUUUGGUGGAUAUGAUGCAUUCGCUCGUCACACAUCAGCUACGAAGUUAUUUUAAUUACCACCUCAUCAUACUGUUUUAAUUACUUUAGAAUUUUGGAAGUAAGCAGUUGAUUUAAUAACUUUAGAAUAGACUCUUGGGAUAACGAGAAAUUUUUCAUUUAUUUAGAUUAAAUUUUAGGGUUCUAGGAUAUUUAUGGCCAUGAAGGUAAUAGCAAUUGUGGAUAAGCAUCUGGAGAAGCUAUUGUGCAAAUAAAUAUUAAUUAACCCCAUAAUUUUUAAUCUCUUUUUAUUUUAAUGACAUCGAAUUUAGACUAAAACCCUAGCGAUGUAUUCUAACUUUUAUAUAUUUAGGAAUCAUGGGGAAUAAGGAAUUUCUAAUUAUAUAUAUAUCCAUGUCCUUCUGGUUGCUAAACAUGUGUUUCAACAGAUUUGAGAGAAGAUUGCAUAAUUUGGAAUAGCAUUGAAUAAAGCCUUUUGGGCGUUGAUUUCAAUACCUUUAACUUGGAUGGAUGGACAAUAGAUUAAGGAUAUAAACUUACUAGUAAUUGCUUAUGUAAAAGAUAUUAUUACAAUCUUAAGCUAUUCCAAUGAUUGGAGGUUAUCUAUUAACUGGAGAAAAUAGUUAUAUAUUAAAAACUAUUAAUUUAUCUGCCCAUAGCCAGAUUAAAAUUUAAUUCAGAUUUAUGUUCUUAGAUUCUUGGAACGCUAAAAAUGCGUACUUAUAUAUAGAUAAUAACUUGAUUUGGACAGAAACCUAUGACUUCAACAAUAGAUAAAUUUAGGAUUUAUGUGGUUGGAUUUUUGAUGAUAAACCAUUUAAUGAUUAAAUUACAAUGGCUCAUACAGGAUCAUCAAUAACAUUAAAGUUCACUACUAACUUAAAUUAGGGUCUGUAAAACGAAUCUUUUGGAAUAAGAGACAUAUAAAUUUUUAUUGGUAAUUAUCUGUUUAUAUUUUAGCCUGUCUUUUUGGUUCUUCAUUUAAUCAAGCUUGUGGAACAAUUUGUGGAAAUGGAGUUAUAGAACAGUAUGAAGAAUGUGAUGAUGGAAAUAUAUAUUCUUUUGAUGGAUGCUUCAAUUGUUAAUAUUCUUGUGUCGAAGGAUGUUCAAAUUGUAUUAAUGGAAUUUGCUUUGAAUGUUCUAUUGGGUGGUCAUUUGAUACUAAUUUUAACACAUGUACUCCUAUUGUUGAUGAUGAGAGAUAUUCAAUAUGGGAAGAAUGUGAUGAUCUUUUAAAUUUUGAAAUUUGCUAAAACGGCAAAUUUAUUGCUCCAUCAAAUUGCAUAUCCUAUUAAUUUGGUAUUUGUUUUAAGUGUUAAGUAAAUUAUGAAUUAAUCAACAACAAAUGUGAGGCUAUCUGUUAAAAUCAAGCUAUCGUUAAUGAUAUAGAAUGUGUAGAUAAUAAUUUAUAUGCUCUUGAUAGAUGUCAUUAAUGUGCUUAUGAUUUAAAUGAAGGUUGUAAAUUUUAAUAAAAUGGAAUAUGUAUUUAAUGUUUAAAUGGAUGGAAAUUAGACAUGGCAACUCAUAUUUGCACUCCCAUUUGUGGAGAUCAUAUUUUAGAAGGACCUGAAGAAUGUGAUAUUAUUAUAAAUACAAAAAAUUAAUUUGGAUGCAAAUAAUGUUAUUUUCAUUGCUAAUAUGAAUGCACGGAUUGUUAAUUUGGAAUCUGUCAUGAUUGCAUUUCAGGGUGGAUAUUAAAGAAUUAAUAAUGUGAAUCUAUUUGUGGAGACAAUCAGAUUUAAUUUAUAGAUGAAUGUGAUGAUAUGAAUACAAUUAGAUUUGAUGGUUGUCAUAAUUGUAGAAAUGAUUGUUAAAAAGAAUGUUCCUAUUGUUUUAAAGGUGUGUGCUUGAAUUGUAUUUAUGGGUGGUAUUUGACUGCCUAUUUCACGUGUGAAUUUGAAUGUGGAGAUUCUUAGAUUGCUUUAAUCUCAUAAGAGGAAUGUGAUGAUUCUAAUAAUAUGUAAUUAGAUGGAUGCUUUGGAUGUAAACUUGAAUGCUGUCGCUAUUGUACUGAAUGCAUAUAUGGAAUUUGUUAGGAUUGCUAGUAUACAUUUACAUUAAUUGAGUAAAACUGUGUUCCUGUUUGUGGAGAUGGACUGGUAAGUGUAGAAUUUGAGUAAUGUGAUGACAUGAAUCGAAUACCUUACGAUGGUUGUUAUAAUUGCAAUUAUUAAUGUAGAUAAUUUUGUAAAUUAUGCAUUCAAGGAGUGUGUUAUGAUUAAUGUGAACUUGGGUACUAUUAGGUGGAUAAUGUAUGCUACCCUAUUUGCGGAGAUGGAAUAAUAGUUGAAGAGGAAGAAUGCGACGAUUAAAAUGAUGAUAAAAGUGAUGGAUGUUUUAAUUGUUUUUUUUUCUGUCCUAAUCAUUGUGAUAUAUGUGCGCAAGGAAAAUGUAAAGUAUGCGAAUAAGGAUACGAAUUAAAUAAAAGUCAAAAUGAAUGCUAGACAUUUUGUGGGAAUGGAUUGGUCUCAAUUGAAGAAGAAUGUGAUGAUAUGAAUUAAAAGGAUGGCGAUGGAUGCUCUUCGUAAUGCACUAUAGAACCAAAUUAUAUUUGCAAGAACUAUUUAUAUUCGUUUACUUAAUGUAUAUAUGUGAGGUACCCUAAGUUUAAAGCGUCGUUAAUAAGGUAGGAUUAUUCAAUUUAAUAUGUUUCCUUACACUUUGACCAAUAAGUUAAAAUUAUAGAGAAUAAAAAUUUUUCAGAUUAAAUUUAAUUGAAUUUAAUUGGUGUUGAUUUGGAAUUAUAUAAUAUCACUUUAAUGAUAGUUUAAGAAGCAUAACAAUAUUGCACCUUUGUAGAAUAUACGGUUGCAAUAUAAAUUAAUUCCACUCUGUUAUCCAAACCUAUUCUUGAAGUAAUAUUAAAGGAGUAAUUGUAUAACGAAAAUGAAGCACCUUUGAUUAAUCAGAUUGAUAGGGUUCAAUUAAAUCUCCCUAAGUACGUGGUUGAUAAAAAAAAAUAAUCUGCUUAAGUUUUAAAAAAUGUGGGAACUAAUAUUAUGAAAUCUAUUGGUGGAAUGGGUAUUCUCUUGCUACUUCUUGGUCACUCAUUUAGAGGAAUUAUUGAAAUACUCUAAUAAUAGUCAUAUCUGAGAUUCAUUAAUGUAGUAUUUCCAAUUAAUUUAUUCAUAUAUUUUGAAUCAAGCAAUAUUAUAACAGUUUAACCAUUGUUAGAUUUCUUUCAUUUCAAUUCAGUAGUUUUAAAUCUAAUGAAUACCGAAUUUGUAGAAUCAAAAGAAAAAUUCUAUUUUUAUGAAAUCGAUGCAAGUAUACUUUUUAAUAUUUAAGCUUAAAUAUUCUUAAGUCUAGGCGUUAUCUUCAUUUAUGUAGGCUGUAUAAUUUUGAUUUAGAAGUUCAUAUCUAUGUAGGAUUUACAUUAUUUUUAUUGUGGAAUAACAGUUGCUUAAUUUUUUGUGAAAAUUUAAAACGCUUGCUUUAUGAUAAAAAGAUAAUGUGAAAAAGUGGGUUUGAUAUAAUUUUUUAUAACAAAUUGUUGGGAUUUACUUUUUAUGUCUUUUUUAUAAAUUAGUUCAUAAUCGUUUACAUCGAUUAAAUCUGCAGCUUCCAUUAUUUUAGGAUAUUUGAUCUUAUAUGCUUGUGCUAUUGUAAUAUCUAACUAUUUCUUUAAAGACACGAAAUAUACUUCAUUAUCACGAUAUAAUAUUAAAAAGAUGGAUAUACUUUUAAUUUUUAAGAAAUUCCUAUUUGUAGGAGUUUUAGUGUUAUUUCAAAGAAAUUAAUAGAUUUAAUCAAUACUAUUAGCAUUUGUAAGCAAUUGUAGUCUGAUAUAUUUAAUUUUAUUUAAAUCACGUGAGAAUAAAGUUGAUUAUUUCAAUCAAAUAAUAAUGGAGGCUAGUGUUUUUGUCUUUUGUUCGACAGUUGCCCUGUAUUGGGACUUAAUGUAAAAAUCUUUUGAUUAUAAUAAUCAAAUUCUACUUGGCUGGUUUCACAUAUCUAUGUUGCUCUUGGUUUUAGUAAUCAACUUAGGGCUUUAAUUAUAUAUUAUCUUAAUGAAAUUAAAGAGAAGUUUAAUAAAAAAGAUGUAAAAACUCUAACAUCAAGAUUCAGUCUAAUAGAAGGAUCCAAUUCCAUAGUACCAAAUAAAGUAAAUAGUUGAAUUCAAAAAAUGA